GAGGGCAUUCUCGUCAUUAUGUGCUCCCGGAGUCAGACUGCUGCUGCUAGGGUUCAUUUUCUAGCUCACAGUCUUCUCCGUCGACCGCGAAAUCGCCGAAAACCCUCGGCCGAGCCUCCGACGUUCACAAUCUCAGCUCCUCCCUCUGAUUCGCGAAAUGGCGAAGUCGAAGAACCACACGGCGCACAACCAGUCGUACAAGGCACACAAGAACGGCAUCAAGAAGCCCCGCCGCCACCGCCACACCUCCACCAAAGGGAUGGACCCAAAGUUCCUGAGGAACCAGAGGUAUGCGAGGAAGCACAACAAUGUGAAGAACGAAGCAGCUUCAGGGGACGAGUAGAUUCGGGAUGAUAUCAGAGAGGCCAUGUUCAUUCUCUCUGUUACUCUUGACCCGUUAAUUAGGAAUCCUUAGCACGAUUCCACCUUGCAAUUUUGUUUUUCUUGUUGAUGAUCUUGUUUGCUGUUUCCUCGUGUUGAUUAUCGACAAAUUUGAGAUGUUAUUGAACAAUCAGUUAUUGACGAGGUUUGUCUUCACUCCUA